GUAACCUUGAGAGGUCUUUGAUGAAUUCCUCAUUGUAGACUCUGCGAGGGAUGUUGUAUGUGUUUUGGAGGGAAGAGAGAAGGGAGGCAGAAGAGAUGUCAGGAAAGAAGAAAGCAACCUUAGAAGAGAAAUUCCAGCUGCUGCGCUCUGUUACGAAGUCAAAUGAGGCAAACAAGACAUCGAUCCUGGUAGAUGCGUCGAAAUACAUCAAGGACCUCAAGGACAAGGUUGAAGAAGCAGCAGUAGCUGCUGCACUAGCUAACAGUAGCAGUAGCAGUAGUACUGCAACUUCAGUUGGCAGUGCCAUGGCAGCAAUGGUGAGCGUCUCAUGGGUGGAGCUGGACAGUGGCGGCAGUGGAUUCCGGAUCAAUGUGUCCAUGGAGAGGAGCCGGCCAGGGUUGCUGGUGUCGGUGCUAGAGGCCUUGGAGGAUCUGGGCCUCAACGUCCUGGACGCCGCCGUCUCUUGCGCCGAUGACGCCGCCUUCCGCCUGCAGGCGCUUGGUUCAGGCCAGCAGGGUGGAAGUGGAAGCAGCGUGGAUGUGCAAAUGCUUCGCCAAGCCGUGUUGCAGGCCAUCAGUAAAUGCCUCAACCAUGACGAUGAAUAAGUGCAUGCAGAGUAUAACAAUCGGCUUCACAGAUAUAUAUUAGUUGAUAUUAGAGAAUAUGAGAGAUAUUUAUCCUUAUUAUUGGUCAUGUUUAUCUUCCCAAUUAAGAGGGAUCCAACGAUCCUAGUUAAUUUUCUGCUCCCAUGGAAUUAGUAGUGGUACUACAUGAAGAAUUUGCUGUAACUUUUUUUUCCCCGCACCAGGAAAGACGGGGAAAACGCCCCCUCAAAAGAAUUACAAAAAUAAGUUAUCAU